GGGCAGGGUUGCCCCAAGCCUGUGCUUCGGGACCUUGCACCUGGUUAGUAUGGAAUCUGCCCUGCAAGGUGCCUUUGGGCACGUACUCGAAGGUGUUCACGUCCACUGCAGCGAACACACCCCACAGCAGCCAAGGCCCUUAUCAAUGAGUCAGCAGGACACUGGCGACCCUGAGGGCCCGCAGACGAGGGGUGUCUGGGUGAAUCCCACCUUUGCGCGGGGAGGGGGUCUGCGAAGAUUGACAUCCAGACACGCCCCCUCUCCUCUGCAGCGCCCCUCUCUGCACAGUCCUGUCCCAGAAGCAGAGACAUCGGCUCGUGGCCACCUGCCAAGUCAGGCCGAGGCCGCGAGGGAGGGGAAAGGAGGAAAGGAGCCGCGGGAAGCGGCGCACGGGCUGUUCAGAUACUGCCGCCGCCACUCCUUUAGACUCUGGCCGUGCGGGGACUGGCUGGGCUCGGCCUCGAGAUAUAAAAAGCGGCGGAGCCGGGCCGGCGAGACAGCCCAGGAGGCGGGUACCGGUCCUCGCGGAUCCGCGCCGCGCCCCCACCUGUGGCUGCGCGCGGGCGGGCUGUGCUUCCCGGGGCGGCGCCCGGUGCCAGCAGCUAGUGGCGAGAUGGGCCGCUAUUCGGGCAAGACGUGCCGGCUGCUCUUCAUGCUGGUGCUCACCGUCGCCUUCUUCGUGGCGGAGCUGGUCUCCGGCUACCUGGGCAACUCCAUCGCGCUGCUCUCCGACUCCUUCAACAUGCUCUCCGACCUGAUCUCGCUGUGCGUGGGCCUGAGCGCCGGCUACAUCGCCCGGCGCCCCACCGGGGACUUCCACGCCACCUACGGCUACGCCCGGGCCGAGGUGGUGGGCGCGCUGAGCAACGCCGUGUUCCUCACCGCGCUCUGCUUCACCAUCUUCGUGGAGGCCGUGCUGCGCCUGGCCCGGCCCGAGCGCAUCGAUGACCCGGAGCUGGUGCUCAUCGUCGGCGCCCUGGGGCUGUUGGUCAACGUGGUGGGGCUGCUCAUCUUCCAGGACUGCGCCGCCUGGUUCUCGUGCUGCGGGCGGGGUCGCGGUCGCCGCCUGCAGCAGCGUCAGCAGCUGGCGGAGGACUGCGCUCCCGGUGCUUUCCCGGGACCCCAGGGCCCGGAGAACCUGCGGGGCGCAUCGGCCCCGACAGCCCCCGGCUUGGACUCGGUCGUAACCCUUCGGGGGACCUCGGUGGAAAGAAAGCAGGAGAAGGGGGCGACCGUGUUCUCAAACGUAGCAGGUGAUUCCUUCAACACCCAGAAUGAGCCAGAAGAGAUGAUGAAAAAAGAGAAAAAGUCUGAAGCUCUGAAUAUCAGAGGUGUACUUUUGCAUGUGAUGGGAGAUGCCCUGGGGUCCGUGGUUGUGGUCAUCACGGCCAUCAUAUUCUAUGUGCUUCCCCUGAGGAGUGAGGACCCAUGUAACUGGCAGUGUUACAUUGACCCCAGCCUGACUGUCCUCAUGGUCAUCAUCAUUCUGUCAUCUGCCUUCCCGCUCAUCAAGGAGACCGGUGCCAUUCUGCUGCAGAUGGUCCCCAAAGGAGUCAACCUGGAAGAGCUGAUGAGUAAACUCUCUGCUGUGCCUGGAAUUAGCAGUGUACAUGAAGUACACAUCUGGGAACUUGUAAGUGGAAAGAUUAUUGCCACCCUGCAUAUCAAGUAUCCUAAGGACAGGGGAUAUCAAGACGCUAGCACUAAAAUUCGAGAAAUCUUCCACAGUGCGGGAAUCCACAAUGUCACCAUCCAGUUUGAAACUGUGGACUUGAAGGAACCCCUGGAGCAGAAGGACGUACUGUGGCUGUGCAACUCCCCCUGCAUCUCCAAGGGCUGUGCUAAGCAGCUGUGUUGUCCCCCUGGGGCACUGCCUCUGGCCCAUGUCAAUGGCUGUGCUGAGCACAAUGGUGGGCCCUCUCUAGACACAUACGGAAGUGAUGGCCUCUGUAGAAGAGACACAAUGGAAGUGGCUAUUGAAGUGUCUUUGGACAGCUGUCGGAGUGACCACGGACAAACUCUUAACAAAACUCAGGAGGACCAAUGUCAUGUCAACAGCACGCACUUUUAAUCUGGUACCCACGUAAUCAGACUGUAUAGACAAUGCACUUUGGAACCACCAGCGUGGCUCAUAAGAAGAGCUUCGUGGGUUGUAGGCUCAGACCAGAGUUGCAGUGUGCACGCUCUGUGUUCACUAGGGGUUGGCUGUUUGGGAUUUUAGUUAAACAUGUCUGCGAAUUUUAUGUAACUGGUAACCCCUUUCUAUUCCCGAGUGUGUCAUGCUGCUUUUUGACUGUUUCAGCUUGAACAUGCGUUUCUCUAAAGCAAACUGCACUAGUGUGUGUAUCAGGGACGUUCACGUCUGGGCCUGGGACUCAGUAACUGCAGAUACAUUGUUCAAAGAAGUUCUUGUCUCUAAACUGAUGAGAACUUCUAGCUGAUGCUCAGGUGAGAUCAUAGCUUAAAUACAUUGAAAAAACUAAAGUACCACAGUAGCUAUAUUUUCCCCAUUCCCCUUAAUGAUCAUAAAAGAGGCAAGUUAAGUAUUUCUGGCACUAAAGAAAUAUCUUUUUUCUUUGAUUCAUUUUUGAAUAAAUGUAAAAUGAAUAACUCUUAAGGUAGAAAAUAUUAUCAGAGCAUUGUAUAGGAGGUAAAGGUUAGUAGGGUUUUUUUUUGUUCAUCUCUACUUUUUGUGAGGUGAGAGAUAACAAAUGUUUACUUUCUGCUGUGAACUGAACUGCAGCUAUAGGAUGUUUCAAAGGUUUAAAUAUAUAAUACAUCUUUUUCACAUGGAAGUGAGGGGCUAUUUCAGCUUCCUCAAGUAUGACAGAUACUCAUGCUGUCUUUCAGAGUCAGUACAGUUGGGGCUGUUUUCAUUUAGUGCUUUGAUAAUGAUUUACUUAUUUUUCCAAAUUUCCUUUGACUUUUCUUUCAUAGGAUCUCAUUGGUCUAUGCAGCAUUUACCAGAAAAGCAUAUUCCUGGGAUAGCAGAAUGAAUAACAUUGAGUAUUAAUUCUUGUCAAAUAAAUAAGCUAGACUGCAUUCUCUUUAAUCAGACAUAUUUUAAAGUAUUUACUAUAGUUGUCAACUAGUGACUCAAUGGAAAAGUUGAUGUCCAAGGGAGAAAUGAGAAUUAGCUUACUUGCUGCGUUUGAUGUGCUUUUGAGGAACUUAAAAUUUUCUUUUAUGUCUCUGAUCCAUAUUACCAAGUUCAAAUAAAAUUUUUAUCAUCAGAUUCAGACCCAUAACCGAACUAUAUUGGUAGUAGAGAAGCAUCUGUCAUGUAUUUAACACAUUGUUCAGACAUCAAUAUUUAAAUAAGAAGUCUCACAGGUAUGAGAAAAUGGGAAGUUCCUCACCGGACAACUAGUAUCGUCUUUGGUAGAUUGCAAGAUUGUCUGAAAAUCACCAUCUCUUAGCAUGUAAAGUCCUGUUUAGAAUCUGCACAGGAUUUAUCAGAGGUGCUGGGUUGAUAAUGAAGACAGCAUCCAUGAUUUUUCAGAACAAACAUCAUAUUUAAACAAUUUAUCUUAGUCCUAAAUUUGAAGGCUGAAAUAAAUGGCUAUGAUCAGUAGGAUAGAAUUUUUUUUGCAGAAACAGGGUCUCGCUAUGUUGCCCAGUCUGUAGAAACAGGGUCUCGCUAUGUUGUCCAGUCUGUAGAAACAGGGUCUUGCUAUGUUGCCCAGGCUGGCCUUGAACAGCUAACCUCAAGUGAUUCUCCUGCCUCGGUCUCCCAAAGCCCUGGGAGAACAGGCAUGAGCCACUGCACCUGUCCAGGAAAUUCUUUAUUCCUUGAAAAUGUAUUUUCUGAGUUUAAACUGGCUGUGAAUUAGGUACAUAGAAAAAUGCCUAAAAAUGUUUUUAUUUCUAGGAGCUUAUUGGGCUAGGUUAUAUGCACUUUAUAAGCUCAAAGGGGUUAAUAAGUAAGACAUUUAUCUUUUUAGUAUUAAAAGUGUGGCAUGUACUCACUCAAAACAGUGAAACCUCUAAGAAACUCAGCAUGGAGAUAAGUGGGCCAGAUUCUUUUAUAUAAACAUUGGUUGAAAUGCCUUAGACCAAGCCAAAAAAGAAAUUUUUCUCUGACGUCCAAAUCUGAAGGUCUUAUUUUAUUUCACAUCAUUUUGCCUUUAUUAAAAAGGAAAAAUUAUAAUUUCACAGUUUUUGUGCAACUGGCUGAAGGAAUGCAUAUUAGUUUGCAUUUAAACACUGUUCUUUAAUCUCUAAAAUAUUUUUCUGGAUAAGAAAAGGCACUUAAUUCCACUAUAAUUAAACCUAACUUUAGAAAACUAUCCUGAUAGACACUUACCAGAUUAUGGCCUGGAGGCAAUGUGAAAUAAUACCUUUUUAAGGCAGUUCGGCUGAGUGCAUUUAAUAAUGUCCAAUCAAGCUAAGCGCAAUUAUUUUGUAUUGGGUUGGCUGGCUUGCAUUUGCUACCUCUGGCUCUGCCAUGCCUGCUGUAUGCUAUUUUCACUUGCAUUUCACUCUCUCUUUAAUCGUCCUGCCUUUUAAUUCUCCCAGGAAAAUACAAGAGUCUUCUUUUUCCCUUUGAAUUAGCCCUGCUUUGGAGGCAGUAGCAGCUGAUGAACAGUAGAUUUAAUUCCUUUAAUAUUAGAAAAACACUGCCACCCAGUUUGGUGCUCCUGUAUGCUUAGGUUUUGUACAACCCGGCCCCCACCCCACCCCUGCCACCAACCCCACACCAUAUGUUUAAACAUAAUGUUUAAAUAGUUUGUGUGUUAGGUCAGGGACCAGUUGUCCUGUGUGCUAACCUGGCCUUCUACACACACCUACUGCACUUUUGUUUCUAUAGAAACAGUCCUUUCCACAUUAUUUUAGCAUUGGCUAUAGGAAAUACUAUAUCUGCUUCAUUUCCUGACUCCCAGCAUUACUUUUGAAAAUAUAGGUUAAUUUUUUAAUGAUAUUGGGCCAUUAUGAAUACCCACAGAGAUACCAGGCUCCAUUGUUGACAGAAAAAAAAAUUGCUCUCUAAUUUCUUGAUAAAAUAUCAAUAAAACAGAUAGACAUUAUUUGAGGAAGAAUUAAGAAUAUUCUCUUCUCCAUAUUUAGUUCUCUCUUUUUUUUUUUUUUUUUUUUUUUUUGUCGUUGGCUGAGCAAAUUCCAGUAGCGGUAAACAAAAACCUCUAAAGUUCAGUAGGAAUAGAUGUUUUGAAUGUCAAGGACAUCACUCAGGUAGAUUUGGGAUUACAGUGAGACAGCUGCCCUGUGAGGUCAUAGGAACAUUUGUGAGGGUUACUCCAGGGGUUCAGUCUUGGCAUUAUUUACAUUUUGCAUUGGAUGUGUUCCUGCUCCUGAUGUGAGAUGUGUAUCGUAGGAUAUUUAGCGGCACCCCUGACCUCUGUUCAUAAAUGCUGGUCCUGUCCCCUCAAGUUGUGACUACCAACAACGUCUCCAGACAUUGCCACAUAUAACCUGGGAAAAAGAAUUUGCCCCAAGUUCUGAGCCACUGGGUAAAACUAAGUGUAAUUUAGAGACAAUGUUGAUGAAAGCCUCUUUGAAGUCCCAUAGUCCUUUUAAUAAUGAAUUCUGCAGAAUUUGCUUUUAAAAACAUAUUUUUAAAGGCAAGAGCAGCCUAUUCAUAAAAAUUGCAGUUGUUUCUAAAUAGGAACUUUGCACAUUAGAGAAAAAAUGUAAUUUGAAAUGAAAAGCCCUUACAAAUCCCUUCAUACACAUCAGUCAUUAUAAUAUUAAAUGAAAUGAAGAAAAAAGCAUUUGGUCUCACCCUUCCGUGCUGAUCUCUUUAACUCCUGAGUAUCUUCAAUUUGAUGAGUCCACUACCGAAUGAGACUGGACAGUUAUCAGCACAAUCGACUCCUGGGGUUAAGAUGUUUAAUUCUCCUUCAUGUUUAAAACGAUCAACUUUAAACUUCACUUUGUUUCUUAUUAGUUCCUGGUAAGCAGCUCAUCUUAGUGCUAACGACAAGUUCAGAUAUUAAAAAUGUCUUUGUCAUUUAUGGCUAAUUUUAUCUUUUGCCAAAUCUUAUCUGUUUUCUUCAAGAGAGCAAAAUACAUUUCCUGAUUUUAAAGUAUCCUGCUUCUAAAUAUGUUUUUUCUUGUAGUAAAAGACUGAAAAAAAAACAAAAAAA